CAGACGCAGAGCUGCUGGGUAAAGAUGGCUGAAGUGGAUUUCGGGGAUAACGAGCUCUUUGAACAGCUCGAUGAAUUUGUGCCGCAGGUUUCGACGCACAUUCGCUUUAAAGAUGUUGAAGAAGAGGAGGAGGAGGACCGCGAGGAGGCAAAGCCGCUCCGGGGCAGAAUGGAGGAGUGUGAGGACCACAUCCAGAGACUCACGGAGGAGAAUCAAGUUUUAAGAAGGAAGCUGAACAUCCUGACACGACCGAGUGGCAUCACUAUUGGAGAUGUCAACAUGGACGGGCCACUUCUUCAAAUCCUUUAUGCAAACAACAGCAUCUCAAAACAAUGUCGUCAAGAGAUUGAAGAUUGCAUCUGCAGUGUGAUUAUGAAGCACCAGAAACCAGGUCAUGAAAAGAAAUCCUCUUUCCAUGUGAAGCCUCAGAAUUCAGCUUUUGCUUUGGAUGAAGAUCCACCGAAAUCAUCUUCAAGCAGUGUAGAAACAACGUCAGAGGCUUUUAAAGUGGUUGGCAGUGUCUUAUAUUUCACUACUUUCAGUGUUGAUAAACUUGGACAACCUCUGGUCAAUGAAAACCCACAGCUUACAGAGGGAUGGGACCUUCCCACCUAUCACCAGGUUUUUAACCAAAUUGUGGGAACAGAUGGACAGGACAUUGAAAUGAAAGAUAAAAGACCCAAGUCCAUGUGUUUCAACUGUGGUUCCGGCAGUCAUCAGAUAAGAGACUGCCCCAAGCCAAAAGACAUGGCUGCCAUUAGUGAGAGACGCAAGGAGUUCAACCAAAACAACAGCCAGGCCGCACUGAGUAACCAACGAUACCAUGCUGAUGAAGUGGAAGAGCGGUUUUCUAAAUACAAGCCUGGAGUCAUAAGUGAGGAGCUGUUGACAGCACUGGGCAUUGAUGCCAACACCCUGCCACCUCUGAUUUAUCGCAUGAGGCAGUUAGGCUACCCACCAGGCUGGCUCAAAGAGGCUGAGAUGGAAGAUUCUGGCUUGCUGCUGUAUGAUGGGAAUGCUCCAAAUAAUGGCAGUGGGACAGAGAACAGCAAUUCACAAAACACCUCUUAUGAUGUUUCCAAACUGGUAGAUUUCCCAGGCUUUAAUGUCCCCGCAUCAGACACUACGAAAGAUGAUUUCAUGCUGUAUGGUUCAAUGCCAAUGCAGAGCAACCACAUGAAGCAUAACUAUGCUGCCUACCUGUCCAACAACUUUCCAAUGCCUGGUGCCAACUGCAACAAGAGGCGUCAUGAUUCGGAUGAAUCAUCUCCUCAGCAAAAGAAGAAGAAUCGGCACAGUCCUGAUCGUUACUCCUGCAGGAGCUCAGACAUGGAUAUUGAAUCGGACCCAGGGACACUUUAUAAUAAUGGCCCUGGUGACUUUCAUUUCCAACCACCACUGCCCCCUGGUUCUCCUUGCUUCAGUUCACCUCCUCCUUUACCUCAGGGCACUCCUCCAGCUACACCCACUCCCCCACCUCUCCCCAAAGGUACACCUCCUCUUACACCCAACAAUGGCUCCCCAGCUCUGCGAGGGCAGAACUGGGUAGUAGUUAAUGAGACUGUAGAGGGAACAGAUGAUGAACUGACAUUGGAGGAACUGGAGGAGCAGCAGAGGCUGAUUUGGGCAGCUUUAGAAAAUGCAGACACUGCCACUAGUAGUGACUGUGAGACACCUGCGAUGGGUACACCUCUACCCAGUUCACCAAGUGUGUCCACGCCUGUGCAGGUCGACACUGAAACAGAGGAGGAUGCAAUGGACACAAUGACACCUGCAGAAAGUUGUCAUAGUGGUGAAAGUCAAAGGGAAAAAGAAGUUCAAGAGAUUUGUCCUCAGAGCCCUGGACCAAUUAAAGUCCAAGAUGACAGCCCUCAGAGUCCUAAACCACCCAGAGAUGGCAGCCCUGAGAGUCCUGAACCACCAAAAGUCCAAGACGACAGCCCUGAGAGUCCUGAACCACCAAAAGUCCAAGACGACAGCCCUCAGAGUCCUGAACCACCAAAAGUCCAAGACGACAGCCCUCAGAGUCCUGAACCACCAAAAGUCCAAGACGACAGCCCUCAGAGUCCUGAACCACCAAAAGUCCAAGACGACAGCCCUCAGAGUCCUGAACCACUCAAAGUCAGAGAUGACAGCCCUGAGGGUCCUGAACUACUCAAAGUCCAAGAAAACAGCACCGAGAGCCUUGAACCAGUCAAAGCCCAAGACAACAGCCUGCAGAACCCCGAUGCAGAUUUUUCCAACAGCGGUGCUUCUCUUAAGCAUGACGAUAAGGUAACAGCUGUUCCUCAUCGGAGCAAGUUUGCUGCUGGAAUCGUUCCAUUUGAAGAAACACCAGAAUUCACAGAAGUCGCUGAAGCCACAGGGACAUACCUCAGGAUCAGAGACUUACUUAAAAGUUCCCCCAGAAGUUUGGCGAAGAAAAAGUAAAGAUGUACAGUCCCAACUAUGACAAAAUGAUAGAUGGGUAUUUUAAGCAAAAACUUCUAUUUUCAUGUCCAUUCGAUCAAGAAUGUUUUUUUUAACUCUUUAUUAUUUUGUACAAAGUUAAAUGUCUACGCUGUAUUAUUUGACCUGUUAGCAUUUAGUCGCAAGGGCAUUUCAUCAAUCAGCUUUUGACAAACUAGGCUCAAGUAGUGGUGUUAUUGGGACUGUGGAUUUUAUUGUAACAUUUGUAAAAUGGCAAUUUCCUGUUCUGUAUUCAUUUUUGUAUAAUUAUGUUAAAAUGGGUUUUUCUAUUUUUGUCGCCCUUGAAUUGAUUUGAAAUUGUCAAUUAAAUCUGCAUUCCUCAGCGUUUUAUUUCGUUGAGAAGCCAUACUUA